ACUGCAACGGUCACACUGAUUUAAAAAAAGUUGUUUGACUUGAACGGAGGCGCAUUUCGUCGGAAUUUAAUUUGGAAAUAAACUUAAAGGCGAAGAUAGUACAGUAAAAACCCAUCAACAUGGACUGCGGCACAUCAAUGGUGAAAUACAUCCUCUUCAUAUUCAACACCCUUGUGUCGGUCAUCGGCAUUCUGGGCAUCGUUUAUGGCGUACUUAUACUGAAGAGCAUCGGAACAAUCGAGGUCAAUGGACAGGUCGGCUUCCCCCCACAGGCUAUCAUGCCCAUCGCGCUGAUAAGUUUGGGUUCGAUCGUGGUCUUCAUAUCGUUCCUAGGAUGCUGCGGUGCCAUUCGCGAGUCUGUCUGCAUGACCAUGAGUUAUGCCGUCUUCUUGCUGAUCCUGCUGAUCCUGCAGCUGACAUUGAUUGUCCUGCUGUUCAUGAACAAGGGAAAGUUCGAAAAUGCCAUGGGCAACGUCAUCGAGAAAGCUUGGGAGUCAGACACUGCCCAGGAGGGAGGUGUGUUUGAUGCCAUUCAGGAAUCGUUGCACUGCUGCGGAUCUGACUCUGCCUUGGACUACGCACUUAAGGGUCAGACCCCUACCCCAAGUUGUUGCAAUGGUUCUUGCCUGAUCCCGACCAACUUCUACUCCGGAUGCCGUGGAAAGUUCAUUGAAUUGAUGUCCGCUGGCUCUGAUAAUGCCAAAUACGUAGGCAUCGGCCUUAUUGCAGUGGAGCUGAUUGGCUUCAUCUUCGCCUGCUGCCUGGCCAAUAAUGUACGCAACUACAAGCGCCGGAACGCCUACUAAGGACCAUGGGCGCACAUCAACCACAUCGAGAGGCACACCCAACAUCCAGUAACACACACUCCUCACAUUCUCAUUAAAUUUUACAAUCGUUGAACGCACAUACACAAAUGGAUAAACGAAAAUGAUUUGAAGUAAGCCAUUUAGUUGGAUAUUUGUCAUGAAGAAUACGAAAAAAAGCUUAGUUUAAGGCGAUACGAAGCGCUUACAUUUUUUAUAUCCUAUGUAUUAUUGGUAUAAAUCGUUUUUUACCUACCGAACGAGAAAGCAAAGCAAUUUCCAAAGCCUUUGUACAAACGAUCUACUUGUUAAACGGAUACCCCAGAAAUAAAAUAAAUAAACACGUUAAUAAUGAUAUCUUUGUUUAAAACUAAGCAUAUAAUCUAUAAACUGUUGAACAUCCCCAAGCGAAACAAAAUCGAAAUGUAUAAUACAUGUGUAUACCUGUAUAUAAUGUACACUGUUCAUUCUAUUCAUAUUUGUAUUGAGAAUCUCCGAGUAAGAUUUAAAUUUGGAAAAUGCAUCAAUCAACGCGUGCUCGAAUUGCAUACAAAAUUUAUGAAUAAAGCAUUUACUAUGUAUUUAUAUACCAA